UUUCAGAAUCACAUGCGGUAAAUCUGAAUCGGUGGUCGUAACACAGCAACAACAGAAUGACGGUCCCGCCGCUUUUAAAAUCGUGCGUCGUCAAAUUGCUGCUUCCGGCAGCACUGCUUGCAGCUGCCAUAAUCCGGCCGAGCUUUUUAUCAAUUGGCUACGUCCUACUUGCACUUGUCAGCGCCGUUCUGCCACCAAUUCGAAAGUCUUUAGCACUUCCCAAACUAGUUGGAACAUUCGUUAUUAUCACUUUUCUCUUCUGCCUAGCAGUCGCACUAGGAGUUGGUUCCUACCAGAUCUCAGAACAAGUUGUUCAUAAAAAUGACCGGACAUACAUUUGCAAUCGAUCCGACACUACUCUGUUCCGGAGCAUUGGCCUUGUCCGAUUCCAUCCAACAGGAACAUUUGAAUCAACUCGAGCAUUUCUUCCGGAGAUUAUUGCCACGUCUGCAGCUCUGCUCACUAUCAUAAUCGUCAUGUUUUUGUCGCAUAGAGACGAGCAAUUGGACGUCGUUGGUGAUGUUGUAACAGUCAGGAGUGAAUCUGGCCGCGAGCAACGACGACAAAGAAAGUUAGCCGCUAUAAUGUGGAGUGCAAUCGGAAAUUCUCUACGAAGAUUGACUAAUUUCGUGCUUUUCCUGUUCACGGCAUAUGUUGGAAUCGUGAAACCAUCGCUGAGUAACUCAAUUUACUUUCUCGCUUUUCUGUUCAUAUCCACGUGGUGGUCCACAUACACACCACUGAGACAUGGAGUGUACAAUCAGAUAAAGAAGUUUCUCAUAUUCUACUCGGCGCUUCAUUUCUUGGUUCUCUACACAUAUCAAAUUCCGAUCGUUCACCACUCAUGGCUGCCGACCGGUUCAUUUCUGCCACGUCUGUUCGGACUUACUGUACUCAUGGAUUCAUCAUGUCCCGAAUGGUGGAAGUUUCCAUUUGUAGCUCCAGACUUUAACGAUGAUGAUUUGAUUAUGAAAUGGCCGUUGUAUGCAAAUCCGAUUGUUGUACUGGUGUUCUUCUACCUCACAGUUGCUCAAUACAAAUUCACGAGAAACGGAUCUCGUGAAUAUAUCGAUGAUAACGAAUAUGGGUCAUCAGUUCACGAAGAACGUUUUGUCUCCGCCGGCACUGUCGAAACGAAUGUGGACGACGUGGGUCAGCUCAUUUCAAUUUCUGAGAGCACAGCUUCUGCUCCAUCUGGCAGAGGACGUGGAAAUACUUUGCUUCUGUCCAAUGCAUCCUCCUCUGCUAAUGAUGAUGAACAGGGUCGAGCUCGUUCGCGAUCUCCGCUGCGAAAUGGUGAAGAACAAGGCUCAAUCCCACUACGGAAAGUUACUUCGCAAGUUGUUGAUAGGAAUAAGUUGAGCAACAUUUUUAAUACACCCGGAGAUAAGGAAUCUGCUGCUUCGAAAGGAAUGAUUGCAGUCAUGACAUUUGUCAUUUUCCAUUCGUAUUCAAUCGCGCUGACUGCUAUGAUGACAUGGGCUCUCCUCUAUCAUUCGAUAUUCGGUCUCAUUCUCCUCAUCCUCACAUGUAUCUUGUGGAUCUUCCGUGAUACGAGAAAGUCAUCGUUUGCAAUGGCCCCUAUUAUUUUGAUGUAUAUCGAGUUUCUAUUGAUUCUUCAAUAUUUCCUCAGUAUGGAUAUUCAUGCAGAAAUUGGCGAUCCAGCGUGGAUGAACUUUGUUGGAAUCGAAUGGACUACUCUUCCAGUACAUGCUGUCAUCAUUCUCUGUGUCCAGACUCUUCUCACUCUCCCAGUGUUCUUGCUUCUACGUUUGGCUCGCAGGGAGAAGUUUUACGAAUCGCUGAGUGAUUAUGAACGACAACGACGAAUCAACUCAUAUGGAACAUUUGGAGCAUCAAAGACUGGAGCUGGGGGUGUUGCAGUGGCUAAGGAUCCAAAAAGUCGGAAGUUCGCGGCAUUUGUGGAAUAUCUGUCGAAUAAAGUGUCUGUCUACUUCAUAUUUGUAGUAUCAGUGGUACUUUUGGUGGUCUCUACGUGUUUUGCUCCGAAUUUCUACAAUAUUCUAUUCUUCGCACUAUGGGCAUUGAACUUGAUUUAUCUCAAGUUCUCAUUCCGUCUGUAUCGUGGAUUGGCAUAUGCAUUCUGGCUAACUCUCACGUUCUACACUUCAAUUGUUAUUAUCGCCCUCUACAUUUAUCAGUUCCCUGGAGUAUCUCAAUGGAUUAUUCGAAAUACUAGUUUGUCGCAGGAGUGGCUGAAUGCAAUUGGACUUGUCGAUUUUAGAGCUAUCGGUGAAUCGGGAGCCCUAUUUCUACAAUUACUCGCCCCAAUUGCCUUGUUCGUCGUCACAAUGCUCCAACUCAAGUUUUUCCAUGGACCAUGGAGUCGAGCAACGUCACCAAGAAGAGCAGAAAAUGAUCCACCUACAAGUACGACGGAGGCUGCGGCGGUAGCAAGCACAUCUGGAACACAAGGAAGAGCACAUGCUGCAGGCGAUACCCUUGUCAAGAAGCUGCACAAAUUGGCAAAUCAGACAAUCGAACUGUUAUGGAGGUUUUUCGAAGUUCACAUUUCGAAAAUUGUCUUUGUCAUCAUUGCGAUUUUUAUUGCCAACAAUAUCAAUGCUCUAUACAUUCCACUUGUUAUUCUCCUCUCAUUGGCUAUAUGUCUACCAUCAGCUGCAGAUGGGAUAUUCUCUUUAUUUAUGUGUGCCUACUUAUUCCUCGUGGCACUGAGCAAGAUGAUCUACCAACUGGAUAUUGUUCCCGAGUUAUCACAAAUCGACCGAGGAGUUGGAGCAGAUAACUGUUCACAUGGAAAUAUUUCAAUGCCUGAAUGGUUUGGAUUGAAGAAGGAAGUUGAAGGAACUGAACCAAUUUAUAUGCUCUUUGGAGUCAUUGUUUCGAUUAUUGCAUUGGCUUUUCAAUCAAUUGUUAUAUAUCGACAAAGACAUUAUCGAGCUUCACUGGGACUUCCUGAAUCGAUGCGAGCUAAAGUGUUCCCGGACUUCCAUCAUUCUCAUUUUGAUAGAUCUCUCAAAAAUGCCAUCCAAUUCUUGAUAGACUAUGGUUUCUAUAAGUUUGGACUUGAAAUCACGAUGAUCGCCAUUGGAAUUGACAUUUUCAAUCGAAUGGAUGCAUUGGCAGCGAUUCAAUGUUUCUGGCUUGUCCUGUUUGCGCUCAAUAAAAGAGUCUUUGUUCGAAGAAUAUGGGUAUUCUAUGUGAUCUAUAUGGCGAUUCUGUAUCCACUUCAGUUCUUUUCAUAUGUUGGAUUACCACCUGACAGUUGUAUUGAGUAUCCAUGGUCGUAUUGGAUUCCAUCGUAUAGUGAUGAUGCGAGAUUCAAUCUGUCGUAUCUUCUGAACUUGUCAAUAUACGGUGUAAACUGGCCAUCAGCAUAUCUCAUUGGCGAUUUCUUCGUACUCCUCUUGGCAUCAUGCCAAUUAGCAGUUUUCCGGCGAGAAGGAGAAGAUAAUGAUUCAAUUUACAAUGAUGGAAACUUUGUGAUUAAGCCAGAAAAUCCACAAUAUGACUUUAUUGACACCAAAAAGAGUUACGUUGAUUAUUUCAAAUCAUUCGUUUUCCAUUAUGGACACUGGAUUACAUUGAUGUCUACACUAGCAGCAGGAAUUGCUGGAACGUCACUUUUUGCUUUGGGAUACAUUAUAUUCACUCUGACAAUGCUGUGGUCUGGUAACAAUUUGUAUGUGAUGAACUCAACUCUACGAUCAUUUGAACAUACUUUGAAACGAUGGAAUGCACUUUUGGGAUACACAUUGUUCACGAUUACAAUGAAAGUUUGCCUUCAAAUAUUUGGAUGUGUAUUCCUGUCGUGGUUCGAUCAAUCUGGUGGAUGGGGAAAGACUCUGUGCAUCGUUCGUCAACUCUUCAGUAUCACAUGUGUUAAUAACGAAUGUCAUGUGCUCAAAGAGCUGGAGGAUUUCUCGAAGGCGUGUGCUGUUGAGACGAAAGAAGGAAAUAUUGGAUUUGAUGUGAUUGCGCUAUCCUUCCUCGUCUUCCAAAUCCGAAUUUUCCAUUCUUGGUAUUUCCAACACUGCAUGGUUGAAUAUCGAAGUGAGGUUAUUCUGGCCAAUAGAGGUGCCGUGCUGAAGAAUCAACUGAUUGAAAAGGAAAUGAAGGAACAAAACGAGCAGCAAAAAGCCAAGUUCAAUGAUAUCAGAAGAAGAACUGAAGCUAUUCGUGAAAGAUAUCAAAAACAAAUCGAACGAGGAGCUGCUGAACGUGACUUCGAGCCGGUUACUUAUGGGCACGCCAAACGAGCGGGAGACUACUACAUGUUCAAAUACGAUCCUGAAAAUGAUGAUCUUGUGGAACCCGUCGACAGUUUUGUACCAGAAGUUGAUCCCAAGGCAACUGCAUAUGAUCGACUUGAUCCUGGACAGAUAAUGUACGCUGCCACCGCUCACGACCUCGACCUCGCCAAAACUGUACAGCAAGUCAAGAAAGGCGAUACUAUCAAAGAUCCUGAUUCACGUGCUCUUAUCGCUGUUUCUGAACCAGAAGCUCGUAAGCCAGGAGGCACUGAAGAAACGGAUGGUGAUGAAGAUGAGGAUAAUAAGGAUUCGAAAGUGGAAAGUACUGCUAAAUUCAUUCAAAAAAUGAUCGCUUCUGCCUUGGACUUGUGUAGUGUAACACUAAACAAACUGUGCAGAGAACACCGAUAUGUUGGAUUUGUUUUGAGCAAGGAAAAACAAAAGUUGAAGUCAGGACACUCGGAAUCUCUUUCAAAUACAUCUAGAAAGCUGACGGAUAUUCGAUCUGCAGUUGAUCUACCAAGUCUUCAACUUGUGCAAUCGGCGAAUGAUGUUGAAAAGAUGGAGACAGCCGUCAGCGUGGAUUGGCAACAAAAAUCAUCAGCAACGAGACUAUUGAAUGCAGUUGUGAAUUGUAUUGGAGCACACACUGAUAUUCUCUGCUACUUCUUCGCAAUUAUGACACAAGUGAUGACUGGUGGACUUAUUACUCUUCCACUUCCUCUGAUGUCACUAUUCUGGGGAAAUCUAUCGAAUCCUCGUCCAUCCAAGUUCUUCUGGGUCACAAUGAUCACCUACACUGAGUGUGUCAUUGUUAUCAAGUUUGUUUGCCAAUUUGCAUUCAUGCCUUACAAUUCUAUCACGUGGCGAACAGAGCAUCAAAUGGACCCGAUGUCAUUGGAUAAGUUAUUCGGAGUAUCACAGAGAGAUAGUUUUGCACUUUGGGACAUUGUUUUGCUCUUCUCACUCUUCUUCCAUCGGUAUAUGCUCAGAAAGUUAGGGUUAUGGAAGGAUGCCAAUUUGACGGACACGUUCACUUUGAAGGAAGAGCCUCGAUCGGCGUCAGGAUCGGACACAGGAUCACCCAAGAAAAUUGCUCAAGAGCCAAAGGUUGUUGUAACUCAGUCAGAUACCCUUGAAGGUACAAGUGGAGGAGAGAUAGUCAUACCAUCUGAUCCAAAUGCAGUUUCCAAUAUGGAAGAAUUAGACUGCGAACCUCCGAUUCCAGAGAAGCAAAGUGGACCAAUUGGAAGAUUCAUUCAUCAAUUAUUCCAUCCAAAAUUCCGUUACAUUCGUGAUUUGUAUCCAAUAAUGUUUGGAAUCGAUGUGAUAUGCUUCCUCAUCAUGACAUUUGGAUACUCGGCAUUUGGUGAAGGAGGUUCUGGAAAUGUUUUAGAUGAUGUGAAGGCUUCUCGUAUUCCGGUAACACUUGUUGUUAUGCUCGUUGGAAUGACUCUGGCAAUUAUCAUUGAUCGAGCACUCUACCUCAGAAAAUCAGUUGUCGGAAAGCUAAUCUAUCAAGUCUUAAUGAUUGCUUUCCUUCACAUUUGGGUAUUCCUUGUUCUUCCAAAUAUGACUCGUCGUUCUGCGAUAUCGAAUCACGUUGCUCAAGCAUUGUACGUCAUCAAAUCGUGCUAUUUCCUUGUGUCUGCUUGGCAGAUCCGAAAUGGUUAUCCUGAACUUUGUAUUGGAAAUCUAUUAACACAUUCAUACGGAAUGACCAAUAUGAUUGCAUUCAAAGUAUUCAUGAAUAUUCCAUUCCUCUUCGAGCUUCGUACAGCUAUUGAUUGGACAUGGACAGAUACUUCAAUGCCUCUUUUCGAUUUCUUCAAUAUGGAAAAUUUCUAUGCUCAUAUAUUCAAUAUCAAGUGUGCCCGCCAGUUCGAAGCUGCCUAUCCAGCUCCAAGAGGGAUUCCCAAAGGAAAGUUGGUCAAGUAUAUGAUGGGAUUCCCAAUUAUCAUUGGAGUCGUUAUCUUCAUCUUUUCUCCUCUAUUGCUCUGGUCGCUACUCAAUCAAAUCGGAACUAUCAGUAUGCCAGAAAAAGUUACGUUGAGGAUUUCGAUUGAAGGAUAUCCACCACUUUACGAGAUGGAGGCACAAGGAAGUAAUCACGAUAACGCUGAACUUGGAAUGAUAAAACCUGAUCAAUUGGCAUCUUUGAAUCAAGCAUUGACGGAUAGUUACACGACACGAGACACUAAUUCUAUUUUAAGAUCAAGAAUGUCUGUAUCAUAUCUGAAAGGAUACACAUAUGAGGAUAUUCUGAUUGUGCGAUUCCGUCCAGAAUCUGAAAUUUAUUGGCCGAUUUCACAGGAUUCGAGAAAUGCGAUGAUCGAUAAAUUGAGCCGAAACACGUCAGUCAAUUUUGAAGUAUCUCUGGAAUUCACUCGGCCAUAUGAUCCAAAUGAAAACGCUGCUUUAAAACAUUCGAAAUCGUGGCUUGUUCCAAUCUCCCUGGAUAUGACGAUUCGAGCAAAAAUUCAAAGUGCUCUCCGAGGAGAUCCAGGUCAUCCGAUUCUCAUUCCACAGUCAAUUCCUGCGUUUAUUCAAGUUCCAAAUCAAGGAGAAUUGACCCUUCCAACAUCAAUCGGAAAUACUAUUAUCAAUGACGGAAAUCCACGGAUUAAUACGACCGGGAUGGAAAAAUCAGACGAAGCUCGGGCUUGGUUCGACUCGUUAACCUUGAAUCUCGAACAAGGAAAAUCGCAAAACGAGAAAAUGUGGAUCGCCACAUCCGAACAUCCAGGAGACCAAAAUGCGAAACUCUGGAUAAAGACUGCAAAUACGACGUAUUCGGGAAGGCCGUACCUUCAAGUUGUCGGAUUUAUUGAUAGAGCAUUCCCAUCAUUUUUGGCGAAAGUUUUCAAAGGAGGAGUCAUUGCAGUGUAUCUUUCAGUUAUCCUCGUCGUUGGAAGAGGUCUGGUUCGUGGAAUCUUCACCACAUCUCCAAGCACUGUCAUGUUCACAGAAUUACCGAAUGCGGAUCAUCUUCUCAAAAUUUGUCUCGACAUCUAUUUGGUUCGAGAAGCGAAGGACUUCAUGUUGGAGCAGGAUCUCUUCGCCAAAUUAAUAUUCCUGUUCCGAUCACCAGCGACACUCAUCGAAUGGACACGAAUGAGCAAAAAGAAGCAAGAAUAAAUUUAAAUAUUUCACUGUCAAAUAUUCUGCGAACCGAACCAUCGUUAAUCAUUUUAUUUUUUACUUUCUCUGUUUCUCAUCGAAAAGACCAAAAACCUGAAAAUAUUCCCACCAUUUCCUUUUUUUUCUUUCCGUCUCUGGUACUUUACGAGUUGUUUCCCCUUUCUCUCUCACUGCUCGCCUGAUUAGGUCACACUAUUUUCAAUUUUUGGAACCACAUAUUAUAUGUCUAUGUAUUGUUAGAUUCCUUCUCUCUCUCUCCUUCUUUUCGGGUUUUCUUUUCUAUUUCCAUUUUGAGUUUUUUCUUUUCGUUUCUUGUUUACUUUUUACGAUUCUGUAAAUGACGAAGAAUAUUUUAAUAAAUUUUCUAUUUUUAAA